UGGACUCGUUGGAUUUGACCGGUGCCUUUAACCUGAGCCGAGAAGCUUGUGCAUAUAUUUAAUCAUUUCACAAUGUUUUUAAAACAUGCGGCACCAGUUUGCGAAUGUUGCAGAAAACGGGUAGAGGACUGCUUGCCUUGCUGUUGAUAGUGUUGGAGUGGACCCGGCCAGGCCUUCUGUCCCCGCUGAGGCCAAUCUGUGACCUGAGGGUCCUGAACCAUUUCAUUCAAGAAGCAAGAGACGCAGAAGUCGCUAUGAAGUCAUGUAGAGAAGGGUGUAGCCUGUUGGACUCUGUCACUGUUCCCCAAACCAGAGUUGACUUUGACGUCUGGGAGAAGAAAAAUGCGUUGGAGCAGGCCCAGGAGGUGCAGUCCGGCUUGUGGCUUUUACAGCAGGCCCUCAGCUCGCUACGGAGCUCGGUCACCAACACAGCACUGCACAACCACAUAGAUAACUCCAUUAGAAACCUGCUCAGCAUCAAUGCUGUGCUGCGUAGUCUCAACAUCCAGGAAUUUACCCCACCAGCAAGUGCAGCGGGGCUCGAGGGAACAUGGAGGGUGUCCUCGGCAACAGAUCUGCUCCAAGUCCAUGUCAAUUUCUUGCGAGGCAAAGUGCGCCUCCUCCUUCUGGAUGCACAGGCUUGUCAGCAAGAUGUCAGCUGAUCAUCUGAUCAACCGACUCCAGGCGAAGCUAAUUUGUGUUUCCAAAGGCAAGAGGAGGGACUUGACACUGUUGACCUGCGCCCUGGCUGGUGGAAGCGGUGCGGAAAGAAAAGACACAGCCAUCCUCACACAGGAGGAGGAAGCAGAAAGGAAAGGACGGUCCGAGCUGGGCUGUGGAUGGACAGGAGAUGAUUGCACCUUGGAAUGUAGAUGUGACACAUGGACAUGGUGAAGCACACACAGACCAAAAUGAGGCCUUUGGGAAGCACUGCUCCAAUAGCUGUUUUACUGGCACUCUCUUGCACUUUGUGUGUGGAUGUACUUUUGCGUGUGUGUGUGUGUGAGGUAAGACUGCAAGUUUAAAUCUGCACGUAGUGUGUGUGCGUGUGUUUGUUUCCAGUGCGUUUGACCCCUACACUCAUCUCUUCAGAGUGAAUUAUGGAGUGAAACACCCAGAAAAUAUUGAUUGCACCUGGAAAUUGGAGGACUGUGAAGUUGCGACAGGGUAUCCCAUUUCAAAUAGUCAAAAAUGAAUGAGUCCUCACCCCACAAGUCUUUUAACAUUUUUCAACUAUGCCUCACAGAAAAAAAACUAGUCUCUUCUCUUGGAUUUUUUUUUUCAAUGAAUAUUUUAAUAUAUUUUUAAAAGUUGUGUAAUUACUAUUUAUACAGAUUUUCUACUUUAAAGCUCAAGUCUUUGUAUUUUUUAGUGUUGGAUCUUUAGGAUUUUAGCUGGGCUCUCCUUACCCUGUUCUCUUGUGUAACACUGAACACAUUUGCAGAGGUGUUUGCCGACAUCGUUUGCAAUGGCACGCUGCUGUCUUCCUUUUUAUAAAGAUUGUAUGUUACCGACUAGCUGUUACAGUUUCACACGGCAUGUUCCUUCCCAACAACGCAACAAAAGACUACAAAGUUGAUGCAGAAGCUCAGUUACAGUGAAGCAAGAGGGAGCAAGAGGUCAGCGAGGAGGGUUACAUGAGAACUGUGAAGCGGUUCCGUCAUUAUCUGUGUCUUUGUUGCUUCCUAACCUACACUCAACCAGU